AUGCCGACGCCAAGUGCUGAUAGACGGCGUGUACCAUCUGAUCGACCGACAAGUAGUAGUUGGGUUCGAGAUAAUUUUAUCGUUGGUAGUGUGCUUGGUUCAGGUACAUUUGGUAAUGUGUAUCGGAUAAAAUGUCGUCGUGAGCCUCGAACAUCGUAUGCGAUGAAGGAGUUAGCACGAAACAAUUUACCAAAAUUUAUUGCCAUGGAAUUACGUAUUUUGCAACGUUUUGGUGGUGUUCAUAAUAUUAUGAGGAUUCAUGCAGCCCAUCGAGAACGUGAUAGAGUUUUUAUUGUUAUGGAUUAUUUUGACCAUACUCCUACUAAGGAAAUCAUGGCUUCUGUCACAGUACCAGAAAUUCUAGAUUACAUGAAGAAUUUAUUGGAUGCAUUGAGGUAUCUACACGGGAAAGGUAUCGUUCAUCGGGAUGUUAAGCCAUCUAAUUUCCUUUACAACCGAUCGAAACAUAAAUAUUGUUUGAUUGAUUUUGGUCUCUGUGAAGAAAUAUCCGAUGAUCAACCACUACAGAAACAUAUGAGAAGUCACAAUAGUGCGGGAGAACGAAAUGCUUUAAAAAGUCUUAAAGUAUCGGACCAAAAUCUUAAAAUCUGCGAGAAAAUUGAAGCAAGAAAAGGGAUUAAACGAAAGGGAUGUGAAUGUCACGGUUUCCCAAGAGUAUGUGACAUAUGCACUAAGCGGCCUCGACUUCAUGUUAAUAAAGCUGGUACGCCGGGUUUUCGAGCACCGGAAGUGUUACUUAAAUACCGACAGCAGACCUCUUUGGUCGACAUUUGGUCGGCUGGUAUCACAUUCUUGUCUUUGAUUUGCCAUAAGCAUCCCGUAAUGCGACCAAAUGAUGAUUAUGAAGCAAUCGGACAGAUGGCUAUUAUUUUUGGUUCAGAGCCAAUCGAACAACUAGCGCUGAAGAAUAAUUCAAUCUUAUUAGCUAGCUGGGAUUUUCCGGGACUUGAUAUGGUCAAAUUUGUGUACGCCAUACGAAAUGAAGAAAUGCCGCGGCAGGGUAAAUAUUGCGAUACCUGUAGAAAUCUCUUUUUCGGUAAUUAUAGUGCUAAAUGCUUAUGUCGUAUGUCUGAAGAACAUUCUUUGAGGCAACUUGCUCCAGAUGAACGUCAGGUAUUUGAAAUAUUGAAAAGGUGUCUUAUUGUUGAUCCAGAUAUGCGGUACACUGCUGAAAUGCUUUCAGCAUCUUUCUCCUAA